GCGCUUGUUUUCUGCAGAGGAAGCGCGCGCGUGGCAUUAUAGUACUGUGGAGUGAAAGAGACGGCAGCCUUGCGCGAAGAGAUGAUGUGACCAAACACCACAUCUGAAAGCGUCUUUUGUUAGCUUCGCUUUUUGCAGAAUAGUUUCGAAAAGCACAGAUGCGCCGCGGUUAAGACGAGGACACUGCCUGAGGAUCAAGGUGUGUUUUCAUAGCCUGUAACGUUAUUUCAACUGACAACUCGCUGACGACAGUAUUUGUGGUUUGCUGGGCUAAAAGUAUUUGUACCGUAAUACCUUGACUCUAGGUAUUAUUAUAGCAUUUUUUUUUCACAUUAACAAUAACGUUUUCGGUUCUCGCAGUGCCAAAUGCCAAGACUAGAGGAGCACUGCUGGAGCUGCUCCUGUUCAUCGACUGUAAAGACUCAGGAUCUGUCGAGCGCUAGCUGGAGUGUUUGUAAAUCAGGAGAGAUGAUGUCCAUCAUAACCUCAGUCCUAGGACACGCGUACGGCUCUCUGCACAGCCUCCAGUCCGCUAAUUUAAUACGACGGGGGCUCGUGUUGUUUAUCGUCGGAGUAGUUCUCGCCUUGGUGCUGAACUUGCUCCAGAUCCAGAGAAACGUCACAUUGUUCCCAGAGGAAGUGCUGGACACGCUGUUUUCGUCGGCCUGGUGGAUCCCCCUCUGCUGUGGGACAGCUGCGGCUGUGGUUGGUCUCUUGUACCCCUGCUUGGACCAUCAUCUUGGAGAACCGCACAAGUUUAAGCGGGAGUGGGCCAGUGUGACGCGCUGCAUUGCUGUUUUUGUGGGCAUCAAUCACGCCAGUGCUAAACUGGACUUUGCCAAUAAUGUGCAGCUUUCACUAACUCUGGCUGCCCUGUCUCUGGGCCUCUGGUGGACGUUUGACCGCUCCAGGAGUGGCUUCGGUCUAGGGCUGACCACUGCUUUUCUAGCCACCCUCAUUGCUCAGCUGCUGGUCUACAAUGGCAUCUACCAGUAUACGUCUCCAGACUUCUUGUAUGUGCGUUCGUGGCUGCCUUGUAUUUUCUUCUCUGGUGGAGUGACAGUAGGAAACAUCGGCCGACAGCUGGCUAUGGGCUCAACCGAGAAGCCUCAUAAUGACUAAGUGGGUGUCAGAGGUCAUGAAGUGAGCUACAAAGAGUGCCAAAACAGAGGGCCUUCAAACUAUAUUGGGUGUUCCUGGUUUCUGUCCAAGCAUAACUUCUGCUCUUAAUUGUGCUCCUCUAUAUAAUGAUUCAAGAAAACAAAGAGCAGGCUGGUCUGAAUUGGCCUGGUGUGCCUUGAACAGCACCUUUUGAACAGCCAAAAGAAUCCCCCUGGCAUUCAUUACUACCAUCAGCAUUGUCCUUGUUACAGUAGAGUUACUGGUAACAGCAGUCUCCUCAUUACCAGGUUGCUGGAGUGCCACUAUUGGACUGUACAAAAUCAUAGCUAGGUUCACUUUCACUGAAGGUGAACGAGUGAGAAGUAAUGGUGAAACUGUGUAUACAAAUUGAGUGUGUGUGCUGGUCCUAUGGAUAAGGAGAGGCAAAAAAGGUGGUUUGAAAGUGCACACUUUUUAGUUUUACUUUGCGCUGGAAAACUGAAAGAGAAAUCAAAGGGAAAAAAAUGUAGACUGUGCAAAAUACCUAAAAUAUCCAAAGAGGUCUGUGUACUGUCUAUAUAGGAUUUGUAGUUUUUAUUCUUUUGAAAAUGCUCGCAGCACUGCGAGUCUCUCAUACAGACCGACCACCUUGAGUGUUAUUUUGAGUACCAGAGAGAGGUUUGAUUUGCCAAUCACAUUUGUGCUGACUGCCUAGUGUAGUAUGUUGACUGAAUUGAUUGUGGGUUUAUCAUACUUUGUUUUUAACGUAGACCAAAAGUAAAAUUAGAAACCGUUUGCAAGAAAUUAAGUGGCAACUUGAAAUAAGAAUCAAACACAAGUUAAAACACCAAGGAUGCUUUUAUUUGUAUUCAUGUAUACUCACAGAAAAGGUGUAAUGAAGUCUGUUUGAAGGUUUCUAAAUUAAAAGAUUGGAAACUUAGGAUAACUAAACGUCCAGAAGACAUUUGUACUGUGGCCUCAAGGUUUUGCAAUCUGUGAUUGCCUUUGUGUUAUAGAAUUAAGUGCUUUUGUCACUUCUUCUCUAGUAUGGUCAUUUUUCAUUUUUACUUUAUUCAUUAUGUUUUGCUGAUCACCUGUAGCUGCUUCUAUAUCUUCAAUAAGAGGAAUCACUGGGCUAGUGUGUAGGUUUGGGGUCUUAACAAAUGAAGUGCAAUCAGUUUCUUUGAGCCUGGUAUUCUUUCAUAUUUAUUACUUUUUAUAAUGUUAAGGUACCCCAGAUGACUCGUAUGCAGUAUAGCAACAUACCAGCAAUAAACCGAUUAUAUGUAUAUGUGAAGCUGUAAUAUGACAGCAGCAGACUCAUUUUUAAAAGACGUCACACACAAAAGAUAAUCUUGCAAAUGAUACCAAUGACCAUUUCCACUGUUCUGGAAAUAAAAACACCACCAUGUUGUUACUAGCAUUAGUAAAGUGAAGAAACCCUUUUAAGAAAAUGCUGUGUGUUGUAUUUUGGGAAUGUUUGAAGAAGAAGAUGAGGGAAUGUUUUAAAACCGUGAUGUUGCUCUCAGGAGAAGCAGGGUCUUUCAGAGCCUCUGCUUCAGGGAACGAGAGAUGUAAAACUGAACGAAAGCUUUCUGUAGUGAGGAGUGAGAGAUGCAGUAAUGUGUUUCUAGGAGUGAGUGUGCAUGUGUGUCUUUGCCAUUUCAUUUAUAUUGUUUUAGAUUCAAUGAAUGAAAUUCAAAUAAAAUCGUGUUGCAGAA